UUUGGAUGACAAUUACUUCUCAACUCUCUCACUCGUGGGAAAACGACAGCAUGGCGGAUAAGAGGAAGACCUCGUCCAACAUAAAUGGUGAUGCCGCCAGUGCAUCAUCAUCAUCAAUGGUAAAAAGAGCACGUCAAGAUGAAGAUGGAGCAAGAACGAUGCAAUUAGCAAUCUCAUCCGCCAAUGAUGGUACAUCAAAAGGACUAAUACGAUCAGUAAAACGAACCAGCAGUCUUUCAUCUCCAAUCGUUUCUCUUACAGGAGCACAUACAUCCGAAAUACUUGAUGUAAAAUUCUCACCUGAUGGUCAAAUGAUCGCAGCUGCUUCUUCUGAUCGAACAAUUUCAAUUUGGCAAACGUUUGGUGAAAAUCGAAAUAUAGGUAUCCUGUCUGGUCAUGCCAAAGCGGUGACAGCGAUCACUUGGUCACCAAGCGCACCACAUACUCAACCAAAGUUAUUCUCUAGCUCAGCAGAUGGAACGUUGAUUGUAUGGGAUGUUUUGGCAGGUGCAAAAUUGAGAAGACUAAGAGGUCAUAAAGGUAUCAUCAAUUGUAUCGCUUGUGCACCUGGUGGACGUGAAAUCUUGGCAAGCGGAGGAGAUGAUGGGAAAUUGAUGCUUUGGGAUCCGAACGAGCGUGAUGUUCUGGAUGUGAUUGAUGUUACUUAUCCGGUCACUGCAGUCUGCUUCUCUGAUGAUGGCGGUCAGAUAUACGUCGGUGGAUUGGACAAUGAGAUACACGUAUAUGAUCUUAUGCGGAAGGAGAUCAUGUUCUCUAUGAAGGGACAUACAGACACAAUCACAUCCCUCGCUUUAUCACCUUCAGGAUCAAAUCUUCUUUCGACUGCAAUGGAUAAUACCGUCUGUAUAUGGGACGUACAACCCUUUGCGCCUGAACCAUUGCCAGGACAAUCAAAGAACGUACGUCUUUAUCGAACUUUGCAAGGAGCAACGACAAGUGGGUAUGAGAACCUGUUGAUCAAAUCAGCAUGGAGUAAGGAUGGAAGGAGAGUGGCUACAGGCGGGACAGAUCGAACAUGUACAAUUUGGAACGUGGACAAUAGCAAUAUUUUGUACAAGUUGCCCGGACAUCGUGGUACAUGUACGGCCGUUGCCCUACAUCCACAAGAGCCAAUCAUUGUGUCUGCAUCGGUUGAUGCUACGAUGUUCUUGGGUGAAAUCGAACCCUAAUGCUUUAACAAUAGUGUAAUAUUACUGCAUGUACUAGUAUUUAAACAAUCAAGACAUUUGUGCUUUUCCA